AUGGGAGCAGGAGCAACUGGGUUACGAGGAGCGCGACUCUCGCCUGAGGAGCGAGCAAAUAGCUCAAAGUCACGAGCAAUUGAUAGGAUAUUAUCCAAAGAUCAUUCGAAUGAUAUGAAUAAGUUCAAAAUUUUACUACUGGGCACUUCUGAAUGCGGCAAGAGCACAAUAUUUAAACAAAUGAGGGUGCUGCAUCUCGAUGGAUUCAGUAAAGAAGAUGCGAUGGAAUACCUAUCAAUUAUCCACUCGAAUUGCAUGUCCGCCCUGUCGCAGCUCAUUGAUGCAUGUGAAGGAUUCAAAAUUCGGCAUGAAAUGUCUGUUCAGGAAGACGUUAAUCGAUUUCUGGAUUUCAAAAAGAAACUGAAAGAUCCUGAGGGUUUAGUGAUACCAGUUGUUAUUGGGAGAUGCAUGGAGCGAAUAUGGCAAAGUUCUUCUGUUCAGAAUUGCUAUGAAACAAGACGUUUCAGUUUUGCACUUCUAGAUAGCGCCAAAUAUUUUCUCGACAAUAUUGUGCGAUUGACCGAGGACAAUUAUGUUCCAAACACUCAAGACAUUGUGCAUUGUCGAAUGUCAACGACGGGAAUAAAUGAAAUCGCAUUUACACUGAAGAAAAUUGACUUCAAAAUGGUCGAUGUCGGUGGACAAAGAACAGAGAGGAGGAAAUGGAUACACUGUUUUGAUAAUGUUGACAUGGUUCUUUUUGUUGUGUCCAUGAGUGAUUAUGAUCAGCUAGAUCCAGAAGACAAUAGAUACAAUCGAAUGAAGCAAAGUUACGAGAUUUUCAAGACAAUUGUGCAAUCGGAUUUGUUCCGCCAUGCCACUAUUGUACUCUUUCUAAACAAAUACGAUAUUUUUUGCGAUAAACUAAAAACUUCACCAUUGCGGCGAAAUUUUCAUGGAUAUACCGGGGACAACUCUCCCGAAAGUGCAAAAGAUUUCAUAAUGAAACAGUUUCGAAGAUGUAUAACUGAUCGUCAUAAGUUUUUUUCAUUUGAGACGACAGCAACGGAUACAAAAAACAUCGAUCUGGUUUUUGGCUCUGCCGUUUCACAUAUUGUUAAUGAGAAUUUACGAUCUGCUGGACUUCACGAAUAG